AUGUUCCAGCUGCCCAUCCUCAAUUUCAGCCCGCAGCAGGUGGCCGGGGUAUGCGAGACCCUGGAGGAGAGCGGGGACAUCGAGCGCCUGGGGCGCUUCCUCUGGUCCCUGCCCGUGGCUCCGGCGGCCUGCGAGGCCCUCAACAAGAACGAGUCGGUGCUGAGAGCCCGGGCCAUCGUGGCCUUUCACACGGGGAACUACCGGGAGCUGUACCACAUUCUGGAGAACCACAAGUUCACCAAGGAGUCCCACGCCAAACUGCAAGCCCUCUGGCUGGAAGCGCAUUACCAGGAGGCAGAGAAGCUGCGAGGCCGACCCCUGGGGCCGGUGGACAAGUACCGGGUGAGGAAGAAGUUUCCGCUGCCCCGCACCAUCUGGGACGGCGAGCAGAAGACACAUUGCUUCAAGGAGCGGACGAGGCAUUUGCUGCGGGAGUGGUACCUGCAGGACCCUUACCCAAACCCCAGCAAAAAGCGGGAACUGGCUCAGGCCACGGGACUUACCCCCACGCAGGUGGGCAACUGGUUCAAAAACCGCAGGCAAAGGGACAGGGCAGCAGCCGCCAAGAACAGGCUACAGCAGCAGGUCCUAACGCAGGGCUCGGUGCGGUCGCUGCAAGCAGAGGAGGAAAGCGGCGGGGAGGCGGGGGGGGUCGCCUCCAGCCCCGCAGCCAGCCUCUCCAGCAAAGCGGCCACCUCUGCCAUCUCCAUCACAUCCAGCGACAGUGAAUGUGACAUCUGA